UUUUGUAAUGGUUUGAUAACAAAUAUAAUGCUGAUACAUUGUUUAAUAUGUGUUAUUCUGCAUUCAAGGUGCGGAUUAGUGUUAAACAAGAAUGCAAACCAUUGUCUGAAAAACAGUUUGGGCCUGCUAUUGCUGAUAACUACUAUGAGAGCAAACACUUUUACUUUGAGUUGGAUCAUGAACAAACAAACCAACUGAUCUCAUUGUUCAGAUUAAAUCGAGUCAAGGAAGAGAUUUACCCGCAAAUUACUACAAGGCUGAACUAUAUUAAUCAAUCUGGUGAAAACCAAAUUGACAGGGGUAUACCUUUUUACCCGAAAUCUGUGUCCAGUAGGAGUCGGGAUAGGAGCAGAAGUCCAGGUUUAGCUCUGCGUUUCUGUAGGGAUCGGGCUUCUUAUCGUGAUGCACUCUGCAAAAAGGAUAAGCCUGCAUGUCGCCAAGAUUAUCUGUGCAACAAAUGUAAGCGGCCUGGACAUAUCGCCAUAGACUGUCCAAAUGCGACUGUCUGCAACAACUGUGGACUUCCUGGACAUCUUGUAUUUGAACGCACGUCAACUACCAUGUGUUGGAACUGCAAGGAGUCAGGACACCUAUCAAGCGAGUGCCCCAAUGAUCCCAUGUGUAAUAUGUGCGGUAAAAUAGGGCAUCUGGCUUGUGUUUGUCAUUACCCAAAUGUUUCCACCUAUGAUGCCCGUCUUUGCAACGACUGCUACAAACCUAGGCACCUUGCAGCUGAAUGCACUAAUGAGAAGACUUGCAACAACUGGGGGAAAACCGCCCACAUUGCCCGUGAAUGCAGUAUUGACCCAGUAUGCAACAUUUUCAGCAUGUAUGGGCAUGUUGCCCGCCAGUGUCCAAAAUCUGGUAUGUCAGGGUUAGCUAAAUCACGCCAUUUAAGCUUUCUGGGUUCUUUUGGCUCAUCGAGGGAUGACUCUUCUUGGGACAUGAUAUGCCGUAUUUGUGGCCGCCUUGGUCAUAUCAGCUGUGACUGUUUGCCUAUGCCUAUGUCUAUGAUCAUCUGCGACAAUUGUGGCGGGCGAGGCCACAUGGAAAUUGAGUGCCCGUCUGCCUGGAGGUUCAACUCAUUUGAUCGUGCAUCUCCUGACCCUUGUUUUCGUAGGUAUUAAACGGGCUGCAAGUCAGCAUGCUGGUUUAACUCAAAGUGAAGAUGGCUUUUGAUGUUUCAUUUGGCGGGAUUAUUGGAGGAAGUUACUCAUGAUGCACUUGUUAGGGUUCCCAAUUUGUUUAUCCUUUUAUUACAUUUAAUUUGCUGAAGACUUGUUUUAAUCAUUAACCAUGUACGCAUAUAUAAGCUGGUACCCGUGAAAUGUGUAGGUGGUAGAAAAUUACUAGCGGUUUUGUUUCUGUUGGUUUUCUGGAGUUUCUAACAAGGCGUAUUUUAUGAGCGUGGUGGUGUAAGAGGGUGAUGUGUCAUAAUAUUGAAGCUUGCAAUGUUUUCUUCAAUAACAAUGACUAGCUGAACAUCAAAUCUUCUAUCAACUAGGAUGAAACUGAAACAUGUGUAUCUUAAUGAAAUUGAAGACUUGAUUUAAGAUGAA